GUUAAAGGGAAGAAAUAUGGGGGGCCGGUUUUAGUUAUUAAUUAAAGGGCCCAUUAGUUGUUUCUUGUUUAGCAAGUUGUUAACCCUAAUUUAUAUCUUAUAAAUACCCAAUCAUGUAACUAUAAUCUGUGAGCACCUAAUAAAAGAUAAACCCUAGUUGCAACCCGUGGAGUAGGUUACUGACCGAACCACGUUAAAUCUCGUGUUCUUAUUUUCUGCUAUUUGUGUGUGUGUGUUUGUUCGCUUCCGCUUGACCGCCUCUGAUCUCUGAUUCCUAACAAUUGUCGUUGUUUCCUUCUCUCUAUGCAAUUUUUAAUUACCAUCAAUCAUUUUUGAAAUUUAUAAUUUAAUAUAUAGGUAACUGGCGUUCAAUCACUUUCGACUGUUUCCAAUGCUGCUGAGAAGAACACACUUCAGAGAAGGGGAAAGAAAGAACAUCAUUUAUGGAAGAAAAGAGAUUCGACUGGGUCGGGUACGAAGGCACAGAACCUUGUUAGAAUUAUAUCAGGACUUCCAAAUGAGAAGAAUGCCGUUUAUGGUGCACUAGAUAAGUGGGUUGCAUGGGAAACUGAAUUUCCAGUGAUUGCAGUCGCUAAGGCAUUAAGAAUACUGAGGAAGCGGCAUCAGUGGACACGGCUAAUUCAGGUGGCCAAGUGGAUGUUGAACAAAGGUCAAGGCGCAACAAUGGGCACUUAUGAUUUGCUUCUACUUGCAUUUGAUAUGGAUCACCGAGUAGAUGAGGCAUUGAUGUUAUGGAAUAUGAUCCUUCAUACGCACACUCGCUCCAUCUCAAAGUGGUUGUUUUCUAGAAUAAUUUCUUUAUACGAUCACCACAAUAUGACGGAUAAGAUCAUAGAGGUUUUUGCAGACAUGGAAGAAUUAUCUGUAAAACCUGAUGAAGAUACUGUAAAAAAAAUUGCAAGGGCUUUCCAGACUCUUGGGCAGCUUGACAAAAAGAAUAUGGUUCUGAAAAGGUAUCUGAAGAAAUGGAAAUAUAUUCAUUUCAAGGGUGAACGAGUUAAGGUGAGAACAGAUGCAUGGGAUGAAGAAAGUCAAUGAUUGCUGACAUCAUCGUUCUUGAGUUCUAAAAAAUGUAUACUUAAAAACAUAGCCUAUGCCAACGACACAGCAAUGGGACUUGUAACAGUAUGGAUCCCAUCGUUCCAAGUAAGCCAUCCAAAUUCAUACUUGUCUUUCACCAUGCUCAUCUUCAUUUCACUGCGUGCUUUAACAGUAACAGUAAAGCUCUUUGUCUCACCUGUCCGGUUGAAGUACAAUAUGGGAGGAGAGAUCUUAACGGAAAAUCCAAACGGAGGCCUGACACUAGCAGAGUAAACACUUCCACUACUUCCCACAUUUGUGACAGCUCUCUUCGCAACCACAGCCCCUUUGAGUUUAGGAAUUGCAAGGGAGGGAUAGUUGAGGCUGGAAGGCGAAGGGGUGUGUUUGGGGCACUUGAAGGAUGGGUCGAUGCCCUUAACUCCAUUUGCGCAAAGGAAGAGAAGAUAAUCAAAGUAUGAGGCGUCGUAGACAAGCCCGGGAUCUGCAGCUUUCGAUGGCCUAAAAUGUCCUGCCCCGAAUUGGAAUGGAUCUGCCGGGAGGCCACUUGCAUCUGUUAUUUGCUUCCCCAUAUUGUUUUUCAACUCAGCUGCGUCCAAGUAAAAAAAUGGAAACUCUCAUCACAAAUCAGGUUAAAUUAGGUACUCACCU